CACACCCGACCGCGGCGGCUCAAACAAGGACGCACUGAUUUGCACUCCGCAUGUCGACAGCGUUGUCCCAGAUGUGACGGGAUGAGACUCAGGAUAAUCUGAGAGCCUGGCGAGGAGGAAGCAUUUUUGCUGUUCCCAUGGCGAUCGCAGUCUACAACGUGUCGGCGACCUCGGCGAAGGUGAGUUGGCUCCCGUCGGCCGGCUGCCUGGACACCUUCUACAGCGUCAUGUACAGCCCCAACUGGACCAGCCUGCUGAUGGCCUUCAAGCGCAAGAGCUUCAUGCACGAGGAGCGCAUCCCCGUCAGCCAGACGGCCGCCCACCUGGCCAACCUGCUCCCGCAGACCACCUAUUUACUGUGCGUCACGUGCCAGGCGGCCAACCCAGCGCGGGAGCAGUGCCAGGUGUUCGGCACGCUGAGCGACAGCGGCGAGGGGCAGGAGCGCGGCGGCUGGGAGAUGGCCGCCGGCGCCUGGCUGACCUGCUGCCUUCUGCUGCUGGUUAUCGCCGGCGUCCUGCUAAGGGGGUGUCUGCACGGCGUGUGCGCGGGUCGAGCGAGCGGCGGAGAAGGAUGCUCGGUGGUGACCGAAGCCAUCCGCACGGCUCGCUCCACGUCCGGGCGGCUCUACACUCCCCGAGGGAGCCGCGACCACGGCGGCCAACGCGGUCUGCACGAGCUCAGGGCGUUGGCUCAGCUGUCUGGGAGCGAGCCGGCUUGAGCCAAUUGGAUUGAGGUCAUCGCCAUAUUGUCCGGCCAGACGGAAUUAUGUUGUACUGAACUACGGAUUAUGAUGGAAUUUUACGUGUCAGGAAAUAAAAAAAUAUACCCACUUCAAAUUGA